GUUUUGGAUCUCGCUAACCAACACAUUGAAUCUGUCUUGGUCCAUCAAUAGUAGACAUAGGUGUGGAUCAAGUUAGUUCAGGACUAAAGUCAUUGCACUGAUACUCGAGUAUGUCAUCAACCAAUGCUGCACUAUUCCAACAUAUUGAAGUGCAAAACCCUUUAGAACAAGAUGCUCCAGCCAUCAAUACCAAUCCAGCAAAUUUCCCGACCCUAACGAGCGUCGCUCAUAGCACAACCAUACGAAGUGAUACUACAAUGUCCAGCCUUUCUGUGCCUGCGAGUGGCAGCAUGACAGUCUCAUCAGUGGCUGGUACGAAACCAGGAUCCUCUGGUUUAGGUCUGGAUGAUUUACAAGACGAGCGAGAUCAAGACCAGCAGCAAGCAGAACUUCAGCCAUGUGAGAACUUCAAUCUGGUCGCUCCAGGCAUAUACCGCAGUGCAUUUCCAAAGAAACGAAACUUUAGUUUUUUGAAAAAGCUUGGGCUUCGGUCUAUUUUGACACUAAUUCUAGAAGAUUAUCCUGAUCAGAAUAGGAAAUUUCUGGAUGACAACAAUAUACAUUUGUUUCAAUUUGGUGUUGCGGGAAAUAAGGAGCCAUUUGUAGAUAUUCCAGAAGAGACUGUAUGCGCAGCAUUGUCCGUUAUUAUGGAUGAACGAAACCAUCCAUUGCUGAUUCACUGCAACAAGGGAAAGCAUCGUACUGGUUGCCUUGUAGGAUGCUUGCGUAAAAUGCAGCAUUGGAGCAUGACAUCUAUUUUUGAUGAAUAUCGACGCUUUUCGCAUCCUAAAUCUCGUUCUAUGGAUCAGCAAUUUAUAGAGCUUUUUGAAACACAUAACGUUAGUAUCGACAUUGCACAUCUUCCCAAUUGGGCAGAGAUUCAGCCAGACGAAUUCACAUGAUAUCAAACAAUAUUCAUACGCUUGAACCUUCUUGCGAUUCUUACCAUCAUAUCAAAAUCUUUAUAUAUUAAAUAGUCUUAAUU